AUGGAGACUUCGAAACCAGCUCCCACUCCAGGCCGUCUCGGUCGUACCCUUUCUCAAUCUGAUGGUGUUUCUUUGUCGGAUCCAUCAGAAUAUCGUCGUACCAUGGGAGCCUUACAAUAUGUCACCCUCACUAGGCCCGACAUUGCUUUCGCCGUGAACAAAGCUUGCCAAUUCAUGGCCAAGCCUUCUAAUGUUCAUUGGAUGGCUGUUAAAAGAAUUCUACGGUAUUUAAAGGGCACCAUCCAUCUUGGUCUUCACUUCCAACCUGCUGCUUCCAUGGAGCUUCAAGGAUACAGUGAUGCUGACUGGGCAUCUUGUCCAAAUGAUCGUCGAAGCACCAACGGCUACUGUGUAUUCCUAGCCUCGAAUCUCAUCUCUUGGUCCUCCUCUAAACAACGUCUUGUCUCCAAAAGCAGCACUGUAUCCGAAUACAGAGGGUUGGUCUCCCUCACGGCUGAGUUGGUGUGGAUUCAAUCCCUACUUCAAGAGCUCUGCUUGCCUACUUCUCCACCUAUAUUAUGGUGUGACAACCAAAGUACAGCUCAUAUUGCUGCUAAUCCGGUCUUUCACUCCCGUUCCAAACACAUCGAAUUAGAUUUACAUUUCAUCAGAGAAAAAGUGUUACGCCAAGAACUUCAAAUCUGCUAUGUUCCCUCAGAUGAUCAGCUUGCCGAUAUUUUCACAAAGCACCUUCCUAUUACACAAUUUUGUAACCUCCGUAGCAAGCUCACAGUCACCUACCCGCCUCUGAGCUUGAGGGGGGAUGAUAGCCAAACAGAUUCUACCCUAACUGCCUCUCAUACAGUUGUAACUGAGCAACCGUGUAACCUCUCCAAACCCACCUUAACUAACCACCUUACUUAG